AUGGCAGAGCAGACGGACAGCAAUAUAUAUGCUCGUGCGGCCAUUCUGAAAUGGCUUACAGAUAUUUUUCAUGUUAAUUACAGUUCUUUUGCUGAUGUUGAGUCAAAGGAUGUUGCCGUGCUCUUACAUGCUAUAUUUAGUGGAAGUGAUGAGGAUGGUAAUAGAGAAGGUACCUCGGUUUCACUGCAUGAUAUCCAAUUCUGCAAAAAUCCUACGCCGACAAUACGAUUUCUUAAUGCAAAGCGAGUGCUCUCACUGGUACAUACGCUGAGUUCUUCUAUGAGUAAUAAUAACUCGAAUGAGAAGGAAACGGGUAUUGCUCGUUUUGCACAAUCCGCAGUUGGUAACAUGACGGCAUCCGCAUGGAUAGAAGGAAAGGCAUUUGUGGAAGAGCUGAAAAUGUGGCGUUGGAUCCGUGCGGAGGCCUUCAAGCGUAGACUUGAAGUGCGUGAACUGGAGUCCAGAGUCCAGCUAUUUCUUUCCGGUGCCUCUAACUCUGGUCAUGAGGAAGUAGCGGAAGUAGAUGGUAUCCAGGCAAAUGUGGACAGGGAGGCGUCACUGGAGACACGUUCCAUCCCGCCAUGUAAGAGACCGCGUGAAGAAGAAACGUUUCCUCUUGUAAAUGGUGGGAAGAGUUUGAGUGCAGCAGAAGUGAUACAAGGAAGUGAGCAAAAAUGUACGUUGACUGGUUCCUCACAUAAAGAGAGUAUGGCGCAGGUGUGUAAACCAGCAGGGGUGGACGCUCUUGUGAUGCUUCAGACAGAGAAGGUGGGGGAAGAAGAAGGUGUAACUCCUCCAGUGUCGAAUAUCGCCUGUACGGGUACCGCAGCGGCUCCACUUCUCUUGAGUGUGUUGGAUGAAGUUAAGAAGGAACUGGAAGAACAAAAGAAUGCAGCUGCGGCGGCGGCGACCGUUGCAAGUGUACCACACGGCAGUGAACCGUGUUUAUCAACAGACUCACACAGCAGUGGACCAUUAUGCAGUAGAUGUUUGACGUGUCCUACUGUUUUUGCGGCCGCCAUUCAGCAAAACUAUGAUGCUAUUGAGAGAUUGGAGUCAUUGAGACAAGUGGCGGUCGCCGCAUGCCUUAAGAGAGAUGUAACGGGACUAUUGAAUGCCCUAACAUUCGCGUGA